CAGGACCUCCUCCUCCUCCUCCUCCCGCUUGCGUUGGGAGGGACUUCCGGGAUCAAGCUCCUCCUUUCUGUCUCUCAUCCCUCCGUAGAAAACUCAGCUGCGCCGCCUUCGUCUGUCUUCUUCUUUCUCUCCUCUUUUCCUCACCCAUCCACUCGCUCUAUCAUAAAGCCAACCCCAGCCUCGAGCUACUCCACACUCUUUCACUCCUUACAUCUUCGACCUACUCCCUUUGUAAUACCAUACAACUUAAUUCAACCACCCAAUUCAAUUCACCUCCUCCAACAACAAACAAACAAUCAACAUGCGUUUCUUCAGCACCCUCCUCGCCGGAGCCGCCAUCGUCGCAGGCGUCCUUGCCCAGAAGCCUACCAUCGACAAGUACCCCAAGUCCGUCAAGGCUGGCGAGUCUGUCGAGAUCACCUACAGCCCGGCCACUGCUACUGCCAAAUUCGUCCUCCGCAAGGGAUCCCCAGGAAACCUCGCAACCCUCGCAACCUUGACCGAGAACGCCACUGGCGGAAAGUACACCUGGAACGUCCCUGAGGACCUCGCAAACGCUAGCGACUACGCUCUCCAGAUCGUCGUCAACGGCGAGGACAACUACACUGGUCUGAUCUCCCUCUCUGGUGGUUCCUCGGCCUCUUCCUCUUCCUCUGCUUCUGCCUCUUCCGGAUCUGCUACCUCGUCUCCUUCCCCUACCUCAUCUGGCACCAAGUCUGUCUCUGCUUCCAUCACUAGCAGCUCCGUCUCUGGCUCCAUCACCUCCUCUGCUCACCAGAACUCCACCGUCACCUCUGCUACCCUCUCCACCGCCAGGAGCACUGGUUCCAGCCAGUCCUCUGCCACCACUACCGGCUCCAGCCCACCUGAGAGCACUGGCGCUGCCUCUAUGCUCAGCUCCAGCCCCUUGGCUCUCAUCUUCGGCGCUGUCGCCGCCAUGGCCUACCUCAACUAGAUUGACCAUAUCCAAUGAUUUACAAUUAUUGCUUCCUGUGUUUUUCUUAAUCUUUCAACGAUACCUUGGUAAUGGCUUUAAAGUAUAAAUUCGAGCGGAGGCGGCGCGUCUAAAAACGUUGCGU